AUGAUUUCUUCUCCGACCUUGCCACGCAGAGUGGUCCAGUUCCUCCUGGUUGUGGUUCUGGUCAUUCUCUUCUUUCAGGUCAAGCUGAACUGGCCUCGAGAAAAUAACGACAUUGAAAUCGCCAUAACUGGGCCAGUUCCGGAAGAGCAGUACUUGGAGCGGCUGAAACAAAAGAUUGGUCUAUCGAGUCAGACUUCAUGGACCGCGUGGAGAAUUCGUACUUCAGAGCUGGACUCUGAACGGACAUCGGUCACGGAAAUCGACACAGACUUUCAUUCAAACCAACCUCGAGUUAUCGAUACCAAGGUGCCUGAGAAAAGGAAUCUGGUGGUUCGUCAGGAACUUACUCUUCCUGUUCUUGGAGGACCACGACCCAAGCAGGUUGAUGCGUCAGCCUUUUUGUUCGCUGUUUCAACCAGUUAUGAUCGAGUUGUCAGGGAUGACUAUGCUGUUGCUAAAGAUUGGGCGAGGUGGAUGACGGGUGGAAAUAAGCAGGGCAAUGGAGCGAGUUUCUUGCUUGUUCUCGACCAGGGACACCCUCAACAAGCCAGCAAACUGGCUGAAACUCUUGCGUCUUUUGGAAUUGAUGCUCACGUCACUUACUCUGAGGGUCAGAUGUCUACUGCAAAGAGAUACUUUAACAUGAUUGAGACGGUCAAGAAGCAUAGUGCUACACUUGUCCAGAAGGGACAGGCGAAGAAGUGGUACGGCAUUUUGGAUGAGGAUAUCUUUCUCCCCAAUCUAGCUCAUCUUCAGGAACGCCUUUCUGCGUACAAUACUGAAAAGGAGCUUUACGUCGGCUUACCGAGUGAGAGAGGAGAUUGGGCUAUUGGCGAGGGCUACAUGACUACGUACGGUGGAGGAGCCGUCUUUCUUACACAAUCUGCUGUAUCACGAAUCCCAGAGCUGCCGUGUUUCAACGACGUCCCAUCCGAUCCUACCAACACACAGCUUUGGGAUAACCUUCUCCAGGACUGCAUGGCCAAGCACACCAGGGCCAAGAUGCGCAUCCUUCCAAGCUUUUACUCGCCCAAGGACAACGACCUGUACUCUUCACACUUGGAUAGUUACGAGACAGGAGUUCGGCCAUUGGUGUUGCAUGACUACGAAGAACGACAUCACUUAACACCCAGCCAAGCUCAUCUCGUCACUGACGUCUGCGGCGAAGCUUGUUUUCUCCAACGGUACCGCUUCCGCGACAAUUGGGUUCUCGUCAACGGCUACACGAUAACAGAGUACCCCGACGGUAUUCACCUAUCAGACAUGCCCCUCCCUACCGUUGGAAGUACUCAUCGAUCUCUCAUCGGCCCUGUUAAACUCAAAGAGGACAAGGCUGAUCGAAAGAUGCUUUUCUGGACGGGACGGCGCAACGUGUGGAGGUUGAUGGAUUCUGUCACGACGCCUAACGGUGAUGUGUGGCAGGCAUAUGUCAAGAGAGGUGCUCUGAAUGAACCCGCUUUGAGGAAGAGAUGGGGUGAAGAAGAGGGAGAGACUAAAGACAGUGUGAUUGUUAUGGUCUGGGAGUCAGGAAAUGAUAAAUGA